AUGAAAGGGCGCAGCUGUCUAUCGACGUUCGUGAAUUUCGUUAACCUAUUCAUCUCUGUUCAAAUGAAUAGUGAUAAUACUGUACAAGCAAUGCAAACAGAUAGCGAAUACGAAUCAGAUGUCUCGUCACGCGCAGAUAGUUCAAUCGGCACGUUAUCUCGUGAGCAUUUAUUAAAACGAAUCGAAUCUCUAAUGCAAGAAAAUCGAGUACUCAAAGUUGAAGUUGAUACGUUCAAGUUAAAACUGAAAGCAGCACAAAAAGAAAUUAAACAGUUGAAAUAUGCCAGUGUUAGUAUUCAAGCACGUGCUGAACAAGAAGAAGAAUUCAUCUCGAAUACAUUGUUAAAAAAAAUUCAAGAAUUAAAAAAAGAAAAAGAAACAUUAGCCAACAAUUAUGAACGUGAAGAGGAAUAUUUAACAAAUGAUUUAUCACGAAAAUUAUUACAAUUGCGUGAUGAGAAACAAAAUCUUGAACAAACACUCGAACAAGAACAAGCAUCACAAGUAAAUAAGUUAAUGAAACGAAUUAAACGUUUAGAAGCCGAAACAAUGACAAAACAAGAUACAUUAGAACAAUUAAAACGUGAAAAAAUUGAGUUAGAAAAUACUUUGGAAAAAGAGCAAGAAUCACUUGUCAAUAGAUUGUGGAAGCGAAUGGAAAAACUAGAAACAGAUAAGCGUUUAUUGCAAGAAAAACUAGAGCAACCGAAUACUGAGGUACUUUCAUCGAACACUAAAAGUAAUAUGAAUUCAGUAUCAAGUAUUAGUGCAACCAGUGAUCCAUCGUCUCCGCUUUCGCAUUCUCGUGAUGAUGCUCUAUCAACACCGCCAACAGAACAGACUCAAUCUCUUGUCAUUCAAUCACCUCGUACCUCCAUAGUCAACGUUGAUCAUAUCACUCAGUUACGUCGUGAAGUUGAAAAAUUAAAAAAUGAACUUUUACAUACACAAGACCAACAUCGUGAAAAAAUGGAACACUAUGAACGAGAAGAACGAGAUAUUCGAAAUGAAAAUUUGAAACUACAACGAAAAUUACAAUUAGAAGUUGAACGUCGUGAACAGCUGUGUCGUCAAUUGAGCGAAAGUGAAUCAUCGUUGGAAAUGGAUGAAGAACGUCAAUUGAAUGAACGAAUCAAAGUUGGUGGAAUAGGAACCUCAGAACUAACGAGUUCAAGUAGUGGAACAAGUAGUACAAAUAAUUCGAAACAACGUUCAUCAACAUCUUCACUUUCAAAAGUAGCCAUUCGCUAUUCUUCUUCAUUUCAACAAGCAUCAACACGAGAAAGAGCAGUAUCAUCGCCAUCCCAUUCCAGUGGCGAACAACAGCUAACCGAAUCAUCAUCCAAUCUAGUAAACAUAGGUGGUGAUCCAAUGUCAUUUUCCCAAAAUCCUACUAAUCGUUUUUCAGUUCUAACGGCAAUAGCUGGAUUAACAUCUGCUGUAACAUUUCAAAAACCAUAUACUACAAGAACAACGACCUCCGGUCAACAACGAAAUACGCGAACAAAUGUCUUGCAAGAUCACAGUAUGGACGAAAGUGAACAUUCAGACAAAUAA